GUUUUUUCUUUUGCAUUCUUUUCCUAUUACAAAUACCUGGCAAGGGGAGGCGCGCUUGCUCCCUCGCACGCUCCAAGCAAGGUCACAAACUCCCAGGUGAUCGUGAGAUGCUUAAUUAACUACCUGUCCUCCAUGCACACCUCUCUGCCGUAUGGGGACACAGGAUGUUCAUGUGUGUAGGACCUGAGCAAAAUUAUCCCACUAACUUGAAGCUUGUGGAGUGUGUGGGAAGCGAUGGAGGGCGACAGUAUUCCUGAGAGGCUGCUGGAUACUGCCGACACAGCUUCCACCAGUGACACCUCCCAGGCACAGGUCAAUCUUGCCUUUGAGCCAACAGGAUCCUCGCAAGAGAGCAGUGAUGAGGCUGAAAAGAAGGAGGGAGACAGUGGCAGUACAUUGGCAGAGAAGCCUGAACCACCAGAAGGUAGCUCAAGUUCCCCCAAGAUUGACCGUCUGCCAAUCUUGGAAGAGCCCACUGUGCAGCGCCACUUGAGGACAGACAGCCAAUUGUCCUCAAGUGAGGCGUCCUUCACUCCAAGCUCAGAGCCAGAUGUGGGGCGCAGGGAUGACGUGGAGGGCUGGACCACUCUGCCGCCCACCAACAGAGGCGUGGAGUAUAGUGAGGCUGCAACGCUACCCCUUGGCUGUCCCAGUGUGGGGGAGAAGAUCAAUGAGUGGGACAGCCGCACAGACAAGUUCACAGACAAGAAGGAGUCGAAGGGGUGUGAUGCCUGCUGCCGCUGCCUCCUCCGGUCCAAACACAAGCUGCCAGAGCACCCCACCAUGGCCCAGCGCAUCCACUACUCCCUCACCUGCCCUCCACAUGGCAAGGUGGCCGACAUCCUGCUGUGGCUGGUGAUUGGCACAGCGGUGUGGGGGUGCCUCAUCUGCAUCACGGGGCAGCUGGCACUGCCCGGCGGGAACCUGUUCAGCCUGGCAGUACUGUACAUGGCAGCGGUGCUAUCUGGCCGGGCAGCAGCGGCGGUGGGCAUGCCUCCCUUGCUGGGUAGUCUGGUGGCUGGCAUUCUCUUUGAGAGUGUGCCAGGCAUCAAUGCUGUGGGGCACAACGUGGAUGUCUUCUGGUCGUCUGUCAUCAGGAACCUGGUGCUGGUGAUCAUCCUGCUACGUGCCGGCCUGGGACUGGACCCAGCGGCGCUGCGGAAGCUGAGUUGUGUGGUGCUGCGGCUGGCCUUCCUACCCUGUGUGGUAGAGGCUGUGGUGGCUGCCCUCAUGGCCAAGCUUCUCCUCAGCUUACCUUGGCUCUGGAGCUUUAUGCUGGGGUUUGUCGUGGCUGCGGUGUCACCAGCGGUGGUGGUGCCAGGCCUGCUGAAGUUGGCGGAGGAAGGGUACGGUGUGGAGGCCGGCAUCCCCACCUUGGUCAUUGCUGCUGCAAGCCUGGAUGACGUCCUGGCCAUCACUGGGUUCAGUGUCAUGAUGGGCCUGGCCUUUGCUGAGGGCUCCCUGGUCUGGACGCUGGCCAAGGGGCCGCUGGAGGUGGUGGCAGGCCUGGUGUAUGGCGUGGUGUUUGGGGCGCUGUGCUGGGUGCUGCCCCACCAGGAGAGCAAAGACAGGCCUGCCUUCAAGUUUGUCAUUCUCUUCUUCCUUGGUUGUCUUGGCAUGUUUGGCAGCCACAAGGUUGGCCUGGAGAGCUCUGGACCCAUUGCUGUGUUGUCCCUCGCCUUCGUGACUGGCCUGGGAUGGAGACAGUCAGCCAACAAGGAUGAGGAGGUGAGCGGGUACUACCGAGCAUUGUGGGAAGUGUUCCAGCCAGCUCUCUUUGUCCUCAUCGGAGCGGAAAUUGAUGUUGGCAGGAUAGAUGCUGGCACCAUUGGCUGGGGUCUGCUGGCACUGUUGGUGUGUCUCAGUCUGCGCGUGGCCACCUCCUUCCUGGUGGUGAUGGGUGCCGGCUUCUCUCUGCUGGAGCGCCUCUUCAUAGCCAUCGCCUGGCUGCCCAAGGCCACUGUUCAGGCUGCCAUUGGCUCUCAUGCGCUGGACUAUGUGAGGCGACAUGGAAAUGAUCCAGAUGACAUCUUCAGAGGACAACAAGUGGUAACCAUUGCUGUCAUGGUGAUCCUGGUCACUGCACCAAUAGGAGCUGCUGCCAUCAAGCUCACCGGCCCUAAGUUCCUCGCCAGGCACCAGUCCCAUGACUCUCAGGCUUAGCUGUCUGCUUCAUCAUCAGAAGCAAGCAUAAGCAUCCAAGGGAAUCUGGAAGAAAGAUGAUACCAUCUCUCACCCUCACCCAAAACACUUCUCUGGCCUUCUCUUGCAGCACUGUCAUACUCAUGUCCACCAUCACACUGCUGUGACUCCUCCACUCAUCUGCUGCUCUGUUUGUGAAUCCAGUUUUGCCCAUAAGAACUAAAAGAAAAGCUGUAAGAAAUCAAUAACCCUUCAUAGGUGACCCUGUAUUAUGUACAUACUUAUAUCCAUCUCUCCUGUCCAUAAUUUUGCCUAAUAGUUUCUUAAAGCACCCUACCAUCUCUGAUCAAGGAGUCUAUUCCAGUCAUCUACUAUCUUAUGUUCACAUUUUCUGUCCAUAAUUUUUGCCUCAUAGUCUCUGAAAGCACCUUCUGUCUCUGCAUGAAAAGUCUGAUCAAGGAGUGUAUUCCAGUCAUCUACCACCUGAUAUGAGAGCCAAUAUCCUCCUGUCUUUCUUUGUGUACAUUAGUGCCUUGUUUCUGUCAGGCAAUGAGAGAUUUCAAGUUACAUUUGAUAAAGUAAUGAAGUAUGAAAUGUUUGCACCUCUUAUUUCUUCACUUUCCUUAUUUUAGCAGGGAUUACAUUUACAUGACUCAGAUAAAUAUCAACAGAUGGGUGUAAUACUUUAGUAAGUGAUAUAUGUACUUGUAAGGCUGAUAUGCAAUGAUGUAUUACUGUUAUUGUUUUACUAUUACAUGUUCCUGUACCUCUGUGUUCAAGUCUGUUAAGGUUGUGUUGUAUUUAUAACCCACAUUGGCAUUGUGUUUAUUCUUCCAACUCUUACUGGAAAUGUGUCAUGAGUCAUGUACUGCCCCAAUUUAUGUCUUUCUGUGUAAAUUACUUGGAGAUUUAAUAUAAUGGAAGAAUAAACAAUGCUGUGGAUGCACCGAGGCCAUGGCGUAAGUUAUAAGAUUCUCAUGAGUGUUGCAAUAGAGAGGAACAUUGAGCCGUCCACACUGGUGUCUGACACAGGGCUUGCUGGGCCCGAGCUGUGGGAAUACAGGACUGCUGGGGACCUUUCAGCUCAUACAAUGCUUCUCCCAUCCUCAUCCAUCAGUCUACCUAAGUAUCUUGUUGAGCUUUCUAUUAUAAUCUGUGUAUUGCCAAACUUCAAGUGGAUUUUGGUCUGCCUUCACUGUCCUGUACAUUUGUGGCUGCCACCAGAUUGCCAAGACUGUUUCCGUUUAUUUUCUGGCUGUCUGUUUCAGAAAGCUGUCUAACUUGAACACAUUGUAAAUAAUGGCUGCUCUAUUUGUCUUCUACUGUACUCAAAAGCCAGGUCAUGUGUUUGUUUCCUAAAUCAAAGUUGAACCCAUUGUUCCAAAUUCUGGCGGUUCUAUCUCUCUACUUUAUUCAUGAAUCAGGUCCUUCCUUUCUGUUUCUUAAAUCUAACUUGAAACCAUUGCUUCAAGUCCUGGCUGUUCCAUCUAUCUUCUACUACAUUCAUGAACCAGGUCUCCUCUAUCUAAUGUGAACUCACUGCUCCAAAUCUCCAAAUCCAGCCCGUUUCAUUUAUCUUCUGCUCUAUUUGUGAUCCAGGUCUUCUAUAUCUGUCUGCCUCCUAACCCACUGCAGGGCCCAUCAGCCAGCCAGCCAGCCUCUGUACCAGCACACAUUUAGGCAGUGCAGUGUGAUCAAAACAAAAGCUUUGAGGAAUGUUUAUGUUUUGCUUUUGUGAUACCAAUGUACAAGCAACUGUGGCCUUACUGAAUUCCUGCAUAUGUGUGUGUGUACUUAGAGCAUUGCAUAGAAUAUCAUUGUUACUCAGAUAACUGCCUCAUUGUUGCUGCUUUCCUCAAGUGGGGAGCUAUAUUACAUGAGUAAAUUAGUUUAUGCUCAUGUGUUUUGUAUCAUGAGAUUAUUCUAUGUGUAUUUGUAAAGAGACAUGAUAUGGAUUUCCACUAUGUUAUUUUCUAUGUGGAUAAAGUGUUUGUACCAAGGAAUGUGUGAACCUGCCCAUCUUAGACUUCUCCCUGUAUUUGGUCUUGCCUGAUCUAAUUUUGUUCUCACAAAGUUCAGGAAGUGUUGAAAAGUGGCAAACAUUUCACAUCCUCCACUUGGUACAACCGUGAACCUUUAAAAUCUGGGUGGCUUCUGGGAACAUAUGAAAUCAGUCCAUACUAACUUGAAAUUCUACAAAACUUGAUACUUUUUAUACUGACAAUUUUAGCAGACACUAUGUACACACAGCUUAUUGAUUUCAAGAAAGCACCAAAAAUUGUAAGCUAGUUUUAUGCUGAGAAUUUUAGCAGACACAAAACACACAUCACCAAAAAUUAUAAAAAACUACACACUUCGUAACUAAGAAUUUUAGCAGACAAAACACGCAGGUCAUUGAUUUUAAUAUAAUACUCGUGAAUUUUAGUAGAACCAUGUAAUCUUAGCCUGAACAAAAGUAUCAGCACCUAGAAAACUCAACAAAAUCAUGUAAUCUUGGCCUUAAAACAGCCACCAGAUUCUGAGGAUCAAUCAUUCUCCUCGGACAGUUCACGUCACCACUUGUGUCAGCUGGGAGAUUCAUACAAACACUGCAUUGUGAGGCAAACCAUUAGUAAUUCAGGGACAAGCCAUCUAGAUGCUGUAUUCUCUCUCAUUGGUUUUUCAUUAUAAGAUCUGAUAAUUUUGCUACAUGUUAUCUGUCUGUCUCUGUCUGAUGCCUUGCUUUCACUAGGUGCCUCUAUCUUUCUGAUCUUUAUGAUUAAAUGACCUUCCUCUCCUAUGAAAGUGCUGCCUUACUUUUAUACACAUUAUAUUAAGCUCUUAACUCUAUAUUCAAACCUUCCUCUCCACUGUCACUUGCAUACACAUUAUUUUGAGCUCUUCACUCUUCAUUCUCUGUAUGUUAAACAAUAUUGAAGUUAAAUAUGCUAGAAUGCUUGAGCACAUGGGGGGAAAUGGGUGAAAGGUUAGAGCAAGCAAGGAUGGGAUGCAAAGACAGGAAUGAAUGAACACUGUUGCAGCCGUCCACUUCACUAGUUCCUCAGAAGUGGCAUCAGAUAUAGACAGAUUGAUAAGUAGGAGGCAAGACAGAUAUACCUUCUCUGUUGCUGUGAUGCAUUGUUAAGUCACUGUCUUAUAGUUUAUAUAUAUAUAUAUAUAUAUAUAUAUAUAUAUAUAUAUAUAUAUAUAUAUAUAUAUAUAUAUAUAUAUAUAUAUAUAUAUAUAUAUAUAUAUAUAUAUAUAUAUAUAUAUAUAUAUAUAUACACAGAAGCUAUUAUAUAUUUACAUUACUGUUUGUGUCAAUAGAAGUAAUAUGUAAGAGAUAGUAUACUAGAAAUAGCUCUGUGCUGUUUUGUGAUGCAUUAAUGUAAGUACUUGCAGUAUGAUAGGCAAUUAUUUCCAGUAAAGUAAUAGGAAGGUUAUUCCACUCACUGGCAACAAACACCAGCUUACCCUUAAUUCCUGCGUGUGUGCAUGCCUGGCUAUAAGGAGCACCACUGACAAGACUGCCUUACUCUUCCUGUUGCUGGGAAAAUCAUUUAGGGUCUUACAUUUGUAAUACAACUUGAGCCAUUUAACAUUUGUACUUAACUUCUGAAUGUGUGUGCAAUUUUCGAUCUCAUUAUUUGAUUUCAUGAUAUCGAAGUGCAAUAUUGCAUACUUAACUAAUGAGUAUUUGAAUGUCACCAGGUAUUUUUACUGCAAGAUGUGUACCAGUUGGAAAAUGACAUACAUUCCCCAGAAUACUUUCACACUGAUGUAAAAUGAGCCAUAUGUUUUACUCCCAUGAAUAAUAAUUUUAAUUUCAGAAA